UGGACAGAAGAGUGCUGUCUCUCUUGCUCUGCUCUCCGUGAUUACCCCCAAAGAUCUGAGACCCACAGCCAUGAGGACGCUCACUCUGCUCACCGCCCUUCUCCUGCUGGCCCUCCACACCCAGGCAGAAUCUCCCCAACAAAGAGCUAAGGUGGCUCCAGACCAGGAGCAGCUGGUCAUGGAGGACCAGGAUAUUUCCAUAUCCUUUGGAGGGGAUAAAGGCACUGCUCUCCAAGAUGCAGAUGUGAAGGCAGGCGUGACCUGCUAUUGCAGACGCACACGCUGUGGUUUUAGAGAACGGCUCUCUGGGGCCUGUGGUUACCGUGGCCGCAUCUACAGACUGUGCUGCCGCUGAGCACUCAGACCAAGAAGAAUCCAUUUGUCAUAUGAUCUGAGAUCUUGAACGAGACUGCUAUUUGUCAGAUGUUAUGUCCUUGAGUUUCCUCUUCCUUUACACUCAAAUAAAGUUCUUACAGCAAGU